AUGUCCAAAUCCGACCCCAGAAAGGCAACAACCCCAACGCCGAAAAACCACCUAACCUUCGACUCCUGGAACACCGCCUCAAGCGGCCACCAACGCGCCGAAUCAAACCCCGGCACAAGCUGGCAACGCACACGGGAAGCGAAGCUCGCGCAGCAACUGCGCACGGGCGACUGUACGAUAAACUCGUUUACGUACAGCGGGCGGGAUCGUGUCUAUGAGAAGGGCGAGUGGGAGUGGGAUUGGGGUGGGGAUGCGAGGCAGGGCAGGGGUGGGCCUGGUGGUGGGAGAGGAAGCAGGAAAGAGGUUGUGGAAGGGGACUCGAAGCAGAGGGAUAUACGGAGUAUGAUGAGGGUUAAUAAGGCUGCUCCGGGAGUUGCGGGGACCUUUUCGGGAAAGGUUGAGGGCAAGAAAGGCUUGAUGGAUCAGGGGGUAUCGAAUUCGAUAUCGACUCGGGCGUCGAUGGAUGAGAUGGUGCCGGGCCCGUUUACGUUCGGGGAGUCGAGGACUACGACUAGAACACCUACUACAACCACUUCUAUUCCUACCCAAGCAACAACAAUGACAGCCACUUCCACACCAUCAUCCUCCACACAGCCCACCGAAUCAACCAUUCUCCGCGGCGCAAUAGUCUACAUAAACGGCCAAACAGCGCCCAUGUUCUCCGACCACAAGCUCAAGCAACUACUCGUCGCACACGGCGCCACACUAGCCCUGGGGCUCUCGCGGCGUGUCACGCAUGUUAUCAUCGGGAAGCCGAAUGCGGGGCCGGGGCGCGGUGCAGGGGGUGGAUUGGCUGCGGGGAAGAUCCAGAAGGAGAUCCAGAGGGGUGGAUGGCGGGGGAUGAGGAUUGUCGGGGUUGAAUGGGUUUUGGAGAGUAUCAAAGCUGGCAAACGACUUCCGGAGACGAAGUUCGUGGUUAAUCUGUCGAAUCAGAGGAGUGUGCUGGCUUUUAUGUAA